CACUUUUACAUGGUCCUACAUGUGAACCAAAUAGGUACCCAGGGAAUAUUCAACUUGGACUUGCUUCAUUCUCAUAUUUUUUGUGUGCGUCUCACACUAAAUUAAUGAGAGAUGCAACAUUCUGAGGCUAAAUAAUUCAAACUUGGCUCUUUUUCAAAGAGCGUGGGGGCAAUUCAAACUGUCAGAGGAAGAAACAUCAUAAAGAAAGCAAAAGCCAAAUGUUUUCCACAGGAGUCCUUCUUUCUGCUGUCUUGAUUUCAACGGCACUGGCUGGACCAUGGGCUAAUAUCUGCGCUGGCAAGUCUUCCAAUGAGAUCAGGACAUGUGACAGUCACGGCUGUGGCCAGUACACGGCCCAAAGAACUCACAGGCUUCACCAGGGUGUGGAUGUCUUGUGCUCUGAUGGAUCCACCGUGUAUGCACCUUUCACCGGAAUGAUUGUGGGCCAGGCGAAGCCAUAUAAAAACAAAAAUGCCAUUAAUAAUGGUGUUCGGAUAUCUGGAAGAGGUUUCUGUAUUAAAAUGUUCUACAUUAAGCCAAUUAAAUAUAAAGGCUCUAUCAAGAAGGGAGAAAAACUAGGAACUCUACUGCCCUUGCAGAAAGUCUAUCCUGGCAUACAAUCCCACAUACAUAUUGAAAACUGUGACCUGAGUGAUCCUACCGUGUACCUGUAAGUGGAAGACACAUGACCACAUCUUCUAAAUAGAAAACCAUCUUCUUAAAAACCUGGAUGCAUAUCCUACUCUUCAAGAAAUUUGUGUCCAAAUAAAAACAUGAUGAAUGUAAGAAAGAAAAUAGCAUUUUUAUUUCAACUCAUUGCCACUUGAAUGUCAACUAAUUUCUGAGAGUUCUCUGAUUUUUCUGUCACCUAUGGGAUCUGAGGGGUUUUACUUGUUUGUUUUUUAAAGUUUCUCAGUCCUAAAUACACAGGAUAAAUAAACAUACAAAUUCUGGCCUCUCCAGACCACGUUUUUGACACUUCUAAGACUAGCUACCUUUCUGCCUAAGAACAGGAAAAAACCUGAAGCUGUUCUCCUGGUACAAGAAUAGAGUGUUGCACAGUGCUGGACACACAUACAUACUUCAUAAAUAUUAAGUGAAUAAACUGGAGUUAAACUCUGAGUAAAAGUAGGGAAGGGUUUCAGCAAUAACCUCAGGUUUGUCAAACCGGUCAAAGGGUGAACUGUUUGCACGGAGAAGACAGAAUUCGCUGGUUUUCACAUCUGCACUUGCCCAAACUAUAUGAGCAAAACAUUUUCUAAACAUAAAUAUAAGAAGAUACAUCAGUAUUCUGGAUUUCAGUAAGACUGCAUUACAGGAAUUUAUCAUCCUGGAAACUUUCCAUGAAUUUUUGCUUAAAUCCUUUUGGAAUGUAGAAAACUCCAGCAGAAAGAUUCCGUUCUUAGUACAGAUGU